AUACCCACUGUUUCUAAUCCAAUAAACACACACCAAUAUUCAUUCUCCCACCAUUGCCGUCUCUCUCUCCAUUGCCUCCGUCUGUCGUCUCAUCUUCCACGUCGUCAGCUGCGGUGAUCCCGUUACAAUCCCGCAAUAAACGAAGAGUGUUUCAUUAGGGUUUUCUUCUCUGCGAAUACAGUCACACAGCAAGCACUCAGCAGCCGGAGUUUGCAUCUGCAUCUUCUUCAGCUAAGUGGGAGACUGUUCUUUUGAUCUGAAGUGGACUCAACACACCUAAUUGACUUAGAAGGAUGAGCGAGCUUCUUUUCGAUGACUUUUUUAAGAUUGUGGAUGUAAACCCAAAUGGUGAAAAGUAUGACAAGGUUUCUCGGAUUGUUGCACGUAGCGAGAAGCAUGGCAUGCACAUGCUUCUAGAUGUAAAUACAGAGAUUUAUCCUAUGGACAGAAAGGAAAAAUUCUUGCUGGCUUUAUCUCCAUCUCUUGUUUUAAAUACCAAGGAUGGCCCUGUUUCAAUUCAAGAGAAGUUCGAAUAUAUCAUGUAUGGAAGAUUAUAUGACAUUAAAGCUGAUGGACUUUCACGUUCCCCACCUGAAGUGGAGGUAUAUGCAUCAUUUGGUGGACUUCAGCUGAUGCUGAGAGGCGAUCCUUCCCACUGUGUCAAGUUUGCAGUCGAUCAGAAGUUGUUUUUACUAAUAAGGAAGCUUGAAAGUUGAACUGCUGAUCGUUACCUGUUGCUGAAAUGAUAAACACACUAGCAUCAUCAAGUUCUAAGUAAUUAUCAUCUUGUGUUGGUAAUUUGUUUAAGAUAAGUUGUGUAGCAUGUAUUUUUUGAGCAUAUUAAUCUUUUAGGUAUGGAAAUACUCUAAAAUUUCAGAAUUUAAUUCAGAACAUUUUUACAGG